AUGACAUCGUUUACCACACGGAGGCCCCUAUCAGGGUCAAGGGAAGCGCAGUUGCCCCACGACGAAAACGCAAAGCCAGUCACGCCCCGCUCAGGCCUUCUAGCUAGCGCGUCGCCAGCAUCAAAUACGCGGGUCGCGGGCUCCCUAUCCAAGCUGCCCAGUCUCAGCGACAUUGCGGCUCGAUUGAACCGCGACAAGGAUCUGCUCACGCCUACCGCAUCCCCCGUCAAGCCUCCUCUGUCCAGCAACAGCAGUGAUCUCGCAAGGCCGAGACUAGAGCUGACGGUCAGGUUCACGGGCUCGCCAAGGUCUCUGCCGUCCGAAGAGCGAACAGGCCCGAUGCUCUCGCUCUCUCCGCUCAAGGCGUCGACCUGUGUGGCCACGUUCGACGACUCCUUGGACGGCAGUGCCUCCCCAAAGGCGCCAUCGUCCCGCGCUUGCUCGCCGACAAAGCGAAUGUUGGCGAGCGGUCUGCCAAGUCUCGAUGAGAUUCGCGAACGCAUGACACGAAAGGGUCUGGCGACCUCGAGUGAGUAUGCAAACCCAAAGGAUCUGCCAACGCCAUCAUCCCCCGGCAAACCGGCUGGCUGUGAAGACUCAAUCAGAAGCACCGAUGCCAUCCAGUCUCCCACGGCCACGCCGGGAUCACCCCCGCUCGUCGCCUAUACAAACAUGCUUGUCAAGCCGUCCCUUCAGCUGCCUACCACUUCAAGCCUUCUCGUCACACCCAAGUUGAAACACCCACUUCCGCCGUCACCAAUCAGACCCUCGACCUACCCUCUACAGCACGAAUGGACGCUCUUCUACGACAUCCGUGCCGUGGGCCCAUCAACGCCUGGCUCGGCAUCGAUCUCCGAGGCGCCCUCGACACCUCUCACGCCCAUUCUGUCGUCGUCCUCCUGGGAAGCCAACCUCCGUACGAUCGGCACGCACUCUGCGGUCGAGACAUUCCUCAACUGCUUCGUUCAUCUCCGUCGCCCAUCUCAGCUAGACCGUCACUCGUCCUAUCACGUCUUCAAGGACGGCAUCAAGCCCAUGUGGGAGGACGCACGCAAUGCCAAAGGUGGCAAAUGGACCAUCACUUUUCGGCUUCGCAAUCCGGCACUCAUUGACCGGAGUUGGUUAUGGCUGGUGCUCGGCUUGAUCGGGGAGCAGUUGGAUGAAGCGGACGAAACGUGUGGUGCGGUGUGUAGCGUCCGACCGCGCGGAGACCGCAUUGCGCUCUGGGUCAAGGAUGGGAGUGAUGUCGAGAAGCUGAACCGGAUCGGGAGGAAGUUAAUCUCGCUAUUGGAGCUCGAGAAGGAGCCGGGCAUCCUGAUGGAGUUCAGCGCCCACGAGCGAGCCGAGGAGGGCAAGCUGGAAGGACUGUUCAGUCUUCAGAAUGCGAUGCAGGCGCUUCCAUUUGGUGUCCAAGCGGGCCAAGUAUCGCAGAGCCCACCUGGCAUAGCAGCGCUUUCUGGCAACGCUUCCAGACCGGCCUUUAAAAAGGCCUUCUCAAGCUCGCCCGACGUUACUUCUUACGCGGCAACAGAGCCCAAAGCAAGGCUCAACGGUCAACAAUCGAGCGCCAGCGCUAGCGGUCUUGCCUGCUCGCCGCCUACAGCCGGCUCAUCAUUUGGCGCACUCGGACAGUCGCUUGGACUCGGUAUCAGCGGCAACACCUCGACGAAUUUAACGCCGCGUCCCAGCAGUGCUACGAAGCCAGACAAGCCGAGCAGCUUCUCCGCACCACAAUGCUCCAGUGGCAGCGCGUUCAAUUGGAGAACGUCCAUGGACCGCAGUGUUAGCCCUCGCCGUAGAGACACCGCACACGUUGCAACGACCGCCCGAAGUCCUUCGCCGUUCAAAGCCUCGUAG